UGGGGCAAAAAGCGUCCAAGUUCGCCUCAUGUAUGAACUGGGUCCCACGCGUUAAACCCACCUCUCUCUCUCUCUCUCUCUCUCUCUCUCUUGUGCGUCUGCUUCAUUCUAUUUUAUUAGUUCUCUAUGAAACAACGGCGCGGACAAACCUUCUCUAUCUACUCUCUCUAAAGUCGCUCUCUCUCUCUCUGCCCAGAGCUCUGCAGUUCCCUUAAAAACAUUGGUUUGAAAUUUGAAAAGGGGAGGGGAGAGGGGUGAGAGAAAUAAAAAGGGGGGGAGGGAGUGAGGGAGGGAAGGAGGAAGGGGAGACUUGACAGGGAAAUGGAAUUGAGGGAACCGUAGAAUUCCGAGCAACGAACAGAAGCUGGAGGAUGAAAUGAAAUUAUGAGGAAAGUGCAAUUUGGAGAAAAUGGAUGUUUUUAUUGACCGGCUGCAGUGUUCCGCAGUGGUUGUGGGUCCAUAAAGGCGGGUUUUCUUUGCUGAGUUUGGGGGUAAUCUGUCAUUUUUUAUUUAUUUAUAAUAAUCUUGGGAUUGCCUUGUUGGUGAUUUCCAUGGAGGAGAAACGAUGAGGAGGUUUGCGUGCUCGCGCUUGCUUCUGCUGUUGAGCUUGUUCUGGUGAUGAUGGGUUGGGUGAUAUCGUGUAGGGAAUGGUAAGAUUGGAGAAGAAGGUGGUGAUGAAAUCACUUAUGUUCUCAAAAUUUGCUGGGUUUUGGACGAGUUUAAGUCCCCGCGUGUGAAGAUCUGGAAGUGGUUUGGUUUAAAUCUGAGUGUUUCGCCGCCAUCAGUGGUGGGGUUUUUCAGGAAACGACCAGAGAAGAUUGGCGUGUUAUGAUUUUAGUACUUGUGAAUACUGUACCCUCGUAUUAAUUUACAGGGGGACUUUAAUAGAGUGGAGCUUUAGCCUUUAAAUGGAUUGAAGAUAAUAUUUUGGUUGCAAUGUUAAGAACAUUAGCUCCUGGGUUGUUGUUUUCUUCACUCCUCAUAUCUUUAUCUGCUGCCGAAAAUGGAUUUCCUCGGUGCAAUUGCGACGAUGAUGGCUACUGGAGCGCUGAUGGCAUUCUAGAAUGCCAGAGAGUAAGCGAUUUCUUGAUUGCCGUGGCUUAUUUUUCUAUACCCAUUGAGCUACUUUACUUUGUUAGCUGCUCAAACGUCCCAUUCAAAUGGGUCCUGUUUGAAUUCAUUGCCUUCAUUGUUCUAUGUGGGUUGACCCAUCUGCUCAAUGGCUGGACCUAUGGUCCCCACACAUUUCAACUAAUGCUGGCCCUUACUAUUUUCAAAUUCCUCACCGCUCUCGUCUCGUGUGCCACUGCUAUUACUUUGAUCACCCUCAUUCCUUUGCUUUUGAAAGUAAAGGUUAGAGAAUUUAUGUUGAAGAAGAAGGCUUGGGAUCUUGGGCGAGAGGUUGGACUUAUAAGGCAACAGAAGGAAGCUGGGUGGCAUGUUCGGAUGCUCACACAAGAGAUCCGCAAAUCACUUGAUCGGCAUACUAUAUUAUACACCACCAUGGUUGAGCUUUCGAAGACUUUGGAUUUGCAGAGCUGUGCCAUUUGGAUGCCUAAUGAGAUCAAAACAGAGAUGAUUCUGACCCAUGAGUUGAAAGGGAGGAAUUUUUCAAAUUUUACUAAGCUCUCCAUCCCAAUUAGUAAUCCAGAUGUUCAAAUGAUUAAGGGCAGUGAUAGCGUAAAUAUCCUCAGGUCAGAUUCAAUACUCGUUACCAGCUGUGGAGGGUCGCAAGAGCCAGGACCAGUGGCUGCUAUUCGAAUGCCAAUGCUUCCAUUUUCAAACUUCAAAGGGGGAACUCCUGAGCUGAUUCAGACUUUCUAUGCCAUACUAAUCUUGGUUCUUCCGGGUGGACAGGAUAGAUAUUGGAACAACCAUGAACUUGAGAUAGUUAAGGUUGUCGCUGAUCAGGUGGCUGUGGCUUUAUCUCAUGCUGCAGUUCUCGAAGAGUCCCAAUAUAUGAGAGAGAAACUGGCGGAGCAAAAUCGAGCGUUGCAACAGGCUAAAAGGAAUGCAAUGAUGGCAAGCCGGGCAAGGAUCACAUUUCAAAAGGUAAUGAGUGAUGGGAUGAGGAGGCCAAUGCACUCAGUUCUGGGUUUGCUUUCGAUGAUUCAGGAUGGAAAUUUGAGCAAUGAACAACGAAUGAUUGUUGAUACGAUGAUGAAGUCAAGCUUUGUUCUCUCAACUUUAAUAAAUGACGUGAUGGAUACUUCAACAAAGGAUAAUGGCAGAAUCCCGUUAGAGAUGAAACAGUUUCAUUUGCAUUCCAUGAUAAAAGAAGUGGCUUGCCUUGCCAAGUGCUUGUGUAUUUAUAAGGGUUAUGGUUUUGCAGUUGAGGUUGAGAAGUCCUUGCCUGAUCAUGUCAUGGGUGAUGAAAGAAGGGUUUUUCAGUUGAUUUUGCAUAUGGUUGGAAGCCUGUUGAAUGGUGGCAUUACUGGAGGGUUUGUGAUGUUUCGGGUUUUCUCAGAUAGUGGAAGUGAGGGAAACAAUGAUCAAGGAUGGGCAACCUGGAGACCUUGUUUGUCUGAUGGUUAUGUAAAUAUAAAAUUUGAAAUCAGGAUGAACAAUGGUGGUUCUCAAUUGGAGGUUUCUGGAAGAGGCACCAAUGACAGAGUGGAGGAGGGCUUGAGCUUCUCUGUGUGCAAAAAACUCGCUCAGCUGAUGCAAGGAAACAUUUGGGUUGUCCCAAAUCCUCAAGGUUAUGCUCAGAGUAUAACACUUGUUCUUCGGUUUCAACUCCAACCUUUCAUUAGGAUAGGCAUACCUGAAUCUGGAAAUUCUUCGGAUCAUCCACAUUCAGACUCUCUUUUCAAGGGCCUUAAAAUUCUGUUAGCUGAUGAUGAUGACGUGAACAGGGCUGUGACCCGGAAACUACUUGAGAAACUGGGUUGCACUGUUUCUGCUGUUUCAACUGGAUUUGAAUGCCUUAGUGCUCUUGGACCUUCUUUCCAAGUAGUUCUCUUGGAUCUUCACAUGCCAGAGAUGGAUGGAUAUGAAGUUGCAAGAAGAAUUCGGAAGUUCCGAAGCCGCAGCUGGCCAUUGUUAAUUGUUUUAACAGCUAGCACUGAUGAAGAUAUAUGCGAGGUGUGCUUGCAGAUCGGAAUUAAUGGAGUUAUUCGUAAACCAGUUCUGAUCCAGGGAAUUGCUGAUGAGCUUCGAAGAGUGCUCUUGCAUGCGAACCAAAUUGUUUUAUGAUGGAGAUGGUAAGUUGCAGCAUUUCAUUUUGUGGCGAGGAUUCUUUUGGAUGGUUUUGGGGUCUUUUGAUAGAAUAAGCAAACAGAAUUGUUUGGCUCCCAUCCCUCCACCAAGCUUCCAGCCUAGAGAUGUUACACACAACAUUCAGUCAAAAUGGUAUACAAAAUUAGUUCCCUUUUCCUUUUUUGUGCUUAAAGCUUUCUUCAUAAUUGCGUAGAUAGAUUGUUAUUUACUCGUUGGAAAUCAAAAUUAUCAUCAACAUCUAUAUCCUUCUAAGGAAAGUGUCACAUAAUGGGAACUUCCUGGAUUGAAGGAGAUAUACAUAAUGCUAGGGCAGUUGGGAGAUUCAUUGUGAAGUUACCCGGAGUAGAGUUGUAACUUGGCAAUUGAAUGCUUGUUUAUUGAGUCGUUUUGAAAUGAAUAUAGCUUAUUGACAUUGUAUA